CCUGGAGGGAUAUGACGAACAACGCUUAUACACUGCACCUCAGACGUUUGGUACCGUUAUAAGAACCGAGCAUGCAUUUUAAACGAGCCACGUCCGGGUCAAGCCUAAUCAGGACAAUCCGAGAAUUACCAGGUCAUACAGUUCCUAAUGACUGGAUAAGUCUAUCAUAUAAACCUAGUCAUUCCGGUCCAGCCUGAACUUUAAGCUCUGUGCAUUACGGCCUAUGCGGGGCUUGCAACGAUUGUGGAUGGUUAGAUGGAUAAUGAGUCAGCUGGGACAGCAGUUCUCUUCUCUUCUCUUCUUCUUCUUUUUAGAGACGUUUCUGUUUAUUUGUACUGGGAUGUGGAUCGCAUUAAUCUCCGAUGAUGUGAGAAAAUGCAGAUCUACCCACCAAUGGCGACAUGCCUUUCAGAGAUGGAGUCUUUACCCAGGGAUGGAUACAGAUUUUGCUGGCGUUGAUGUACUCGGCUAAUAAGUACUCGCAACAAAUGAUUCUUUCGGGUUAUAUGUCAAGAAUUCGAUGUCUCCAUGAGAACCGAAUGUAAAUAUGCGAGUCUGCAAUUUGUCUGUCUAUUUCAGUACGUUGCUCAAAGGAAACCCCUACUCGUUAACCCGUCUAGCAAGGGGGCCCAGUCUGAUUUAGCUGCGUCUGAAGUUUUUACCAACAAGUUCACUGUCUCACGUAUUUGAUCAAAUUCCCAUUUAUUGUAUUUUAAUCUCCGAUGGAAGGUCGAUUGGUCUCUUACGUGUUUCUCCCUUUGCGCCACCAUCUUAUGUCAAGCUAUCAGAAGUGCUCCCAAAACCAUGGUUUCCUGGUAUAGAAACUAAUCUGUGCCCGUGGCACCAACGAUGUGGGCUUCCAUGUAAUGUAAACUGCAUAUUUCUUCAAGCAGAAUCCAAAUACAAGACAAUGGAAGAGACAUGUAAAUAUUCUCCCUUGCGGUUGG